AUGCUGGGAUCGAAAUCGGGGUUACAGAAGCACGUCAAUGAAGUAGCUCUGAAUGUCAAAGGGGUUCAUUGUAUGAUUCAUCGUUUUGCACUAGCAUCGAAAACCCUCCCUCGUGCCCUUUACAAGAUCCUGGAGGCAGUGGUAAAAUGCGUCAACUUUGUGAAAGCAGGAGAUUUGAACUCUCACCCUUUCCAGAACCUCUGUAGAGGCAUGGAUUCAGAGUACGAAACCCUCCUCUUUUACUCCAAAGUGCGAUGGCUUUCCACGGGUGAUGUUGUGACUCGAGUGUUCGAACUUCAGGGAGAACUUAAGUUGUUCCUAGAAAUGAAAGGGAAGGAUGAUCUACUAAGUCACUUGUUGUGGGAGCCACAUCUUGCGCACCUGGCAGACAUAUUUGAGCAGCUAAACUGGCUGAAUCUCAGGCUACAAGGCAAGGAAAGAAAUGUGUUUCACCACAUGUAUUGUAGUCGUGCAUUUCUUGGCAAACUCCAGAACUGGCAAAGGAAAGUCAGUGCAGGAAAUGUUGCCAUGUUUGAGAAUAUCUCAAUUGUUCUUGACGAGAUUGAAGAGGGUCAUCUACUUGACCCAUCACUCAAAAAUGAAAUAAUUCAGCACUUGAAGUCCUUGUAA